AUAAAUAAAUAUAAAGAGGCAGAAAAGAUCGGUGCAAGGCUUUUAGGCUUUGGUAGCUGGUGAUGGAUAUGUUGUUGCCAAAGAAAAAAGGAAAAAGAAUAAUCAUCUGAGCUUAGCGGAACUCCAAGAAAACUCAAAGCUGCCUCCCAAAGGACCCUUUCGAUUAAUUUGCCCUUUUAUUCUCCGCAUCUCCCUCGGAUCGAAACCCCCAGAUUCAUAUUUUCUUUUUCCUUCCCUUUCUAGUCUCUCUCAAUCUCUCCUUUUUCUUCACAAUUUGCCGUUUUGUGCCUCUCAUUUUCCUCCUCAUUUUUCAAGGUUUUUCUCUGCCUUCUAUCACCUCUAAUUUCCCAGGAAUCGUUCCCAUUUGGGUGUUCUGGUCGUUAGGGUUUUGGUUUUCGCUUCGUUGGUUGCUUGAUUUUUUUGCUUAUUAUCCGUAUUACUCCUAGAUCUCUGUUCCUGAUCUUCCCUUCUCCUUCUUUUCUCCAUUUAGUAUUCCUUGUGGGUCCUGCACUUUUAAUUCAAUGUCACAAGGUUAUGCCAUCGAGCUCUAUUUCGAUCCUGCCCUUGAAACCAGUCUUGAAAGCCUGAACGUGCUUGCUCGUCGCCAAAUCAGUACCCAAUUGAUCGAUAUCGAGUCACGGCCACAUAUAACCCUGUUUUCCAGCUCCUUUAUCGAGCCUGCAAAGCUUGAGUCGGUCAUCAAACCUUUGCUUCUAAGCAGAAGCACUGCCGUUGUCUUUCUCGAUGAUUGGAGUUUCCCAAGUGACACAACGUCCUGUUUCUGCGCUACGCCAUCUAUUUCGCUGCUUCAGUUCCAGUCUCAGUUGUGUGAUACAAUGAAGAAGGAGGGGAUUGAAAUUGGGGAAGAAUAUCGUGCGGACUCUUGGGUGCCUAUUUGCUCCGUUGCUCAGGACGUGCCCAAGACCCGAAUGGCCGAGGCGUUUUGCGUUUUGAGGGACUUGAAGUUGCCAGUUAAUGGGUAUGCAAUGGAUAUUGGUCUUGUCGAGUUUUCGCCGGUUCGUGAGCUUUUCUCCUUUGUACUUGGUAACACGGUUGAAGCAUGAGCUUCUUAACAGCCAUUGUGAUAUGUAAGCUGGAUGUUCAGUUUCAUGUUUGACUGUGUUACGUGUGUGAUGCAAAAUGUGAGAUCAUAAAUUGAUAGAUUUAAGUGCAUAACAGAAGAUUGCAGAUUAUGGUUUUGAAGAUUAGUUUCAAUUUUCUUGUUUUACUCUACGAUGCUAUUAUUUCUGAUUGUGAUU